AUGCCAUUCGAUCCUGGAGAUGACAGGAGGACGGUCACCCAGGAUGAAGAGCAAUACUGGCAGUCCGUGCGCCAGGUGCAUGAGCAGGACGACGAGAACCUCGACGCAAGCUAUCUCAACAAUGCCAAGUACUACAUGGCACGCCUGACCGAACUGAACUUGGAGAAAAAUGAGCUCGAGCGACGUGCGCUAGAAGUUCACCGCGCCAUCACACGGGAACAUAAGCAUCUCGAAGAGCUUAAUGACAGAUUCCAAAACACCAGGAAGGAUAUGAAGAUCCAACGCGAACACCACCAGAUGCAGUUGGCUGCCUGGUUUGAGGAGCAACGCCGGAAAGAGAAUGAUGAACGUGUUAGCAUUGCAGCUGCAGCUCUUGCUGGCGCCGCCCCGCGCCGCGAUUCUGGGCCUGUUGAACCGUCACAUCUUAGCAAGCUCGCCAGCGCCGGACUCAACGGCAUCAACACCAACGGAGAACAUCGGAAUGGCGCCGUCGUGACGAUCCCCAGUCAUGUCAGACCCAACCAACCUGCACUGACCAUGAUCAUUGACGCAUUGGGUCGUACCGUUGGACCAGUGAACCGUAUCGUAUCGAGCAAUAGAAUCGUCAUAUAUCUGUCCAGCUUACCUCAAAAACGACCUGUCCAGCUUCGCGACGGCGUCUCCUUCGGCCAGGACGACUUGAGGGCCUUCGAAGAGGCGGAGGACAAGUGGAAGGGCGCCAUCAUUCAGGCCACAGGCCUCGUCCGGAAACAAUCGCAGCAAUGCACCCAGUGUGCCAGCGGGAGGGGUCCCUUUGCACAAUGCAUCGGCCUCGAUAUGCCUGAAUUCCAGGCAUGUGGUAAUUGCGUUUGGCAGAGCUCGAACUGUUGUGACGUCCUGUCAUCAAUAAGUCAAACGCCGCCCACGAGGGGAUUUAAGGCGCUCAACGCCCAAGAUGUCUACAACGAACGAGCCGCCAACGGCAGCUUCACCAACGGCACUGCGACUCCCGUCGGCGGCCAGAGUCGGCCUGGCUCCCGAGAUAAGAGCUUUGCCGAAGGCUCAACAGCUACUGACGAGAUGGAGGAGGAUAUGACUCCAAUCACCAAGGCGAACCUCUUGCUGAAGCACGACGGAAAAGUCUUUACGCAUCCAGAGUGCAUGGCCGGCGUACCCCUCAACAAGAUUGAUCGCACCCACGAGUACUGGGACCCAGCCUGGCCGGAUAUCGUGCCCAUGAUCGAGCCGACAUUGCAGUCAUGGCGAGACAAGCUGCAAACUGCUUUGGAAAAGGGGCAGACUAGCAUGAAGUUCCAGCUGGGCAGACAGGUGAACCGAGGAGAGACGAUUCUGAAAUUCUUGAGCGACGCAGACUUUUGCCCCUAUCAAUUGGUGGGGAAGAAGUAUAUGAUGACCCGACUGGUUUCUUACGACACCAUUUUUCGCCUUGCUGACACUUUGCGAACCCUAGAAGGCUUCAAGACUCUUGACAUUACCCCGCUGGAAUGGUUUCGUCAACGCCUGCAGGAGCUCAUCAUCUUGGACGGACCCGACUUCAACCUGGCCAAGACGGUGCAUGACUUUUACCACGAUUCAAAGUACGUGGCUCUGAGACUCGCCAACGGCAAAAAGAGCAUCGGAAGACCGUCGGGAAUGAAGAUGGGGCCAAAAGACUCGCCCAACUCAGCCAGGGGCACCCCGAAUAACAAGAAGCGCAAGCUCUUCAUCAACGAAGAGUAUCCCGCCGCAUCUCAGCGCCCACUUGCCCCGACACCGACGCCUCAGUUCCAGUCCCAACCUCAAGUUCAGCCUCAAGUCCAGCCUCAGGUACAGCCUCAGGUACAACCUCAGGUCUAUCCACCAGUCCAUCCUCCUGUCCAGUCUCACGAAACGCCGCUGAGUGCGCCGCCGACGCCUGAGCUUGCCAGGCAAUCGAAGAAGCUUAAGACGGCCAGAAUUCCUGGGAAGCCCAGAGAUCAGGAUCUAAACUACGACGGCUUCACCGACACCGAUGAUUACAGCGGCGAUCAUAUCGGCCAACAUGAUUGGGCAUUGAACCGGAUCAAGUCCAGACUGAACAGCGUUAGCACCGGUGUGACACAGUACUGGCACUGGAUCCCGGAUAAUGGCGAACAGAUUUUUGAGCAUCAAGUGCUUGCAGAAAGCGACACUUUGACCUGGGGCAUCUACGCCAAGCCGGUGAAUUUCCACUUGGAGUUGGAACACAUCCAGGAGCUGAAAUGGGCCACCGACACUUCCAAGGUCAUUGUGGUAUGUAAGGAUGGCGUCGUGAUUUCGCCCGAUGGCGAGCCUAGAGGCGACCUCUUGGCCGAAUUCAAGCGGGACCGCACCAAGAGACGUUUCUUGGUCUUUUGCCGCAAGAAGGGCAUCGAAUUGAUCAAAGUUGAGGCGGACGUCAUACAGAAAGCAUGGGAUGCGUAUGAUUCGCCAGAUGUCCCGGCGAUGCCGGACUCGGAGAUUGAGUAA